AUAGUUCGAGAGUUCCCUGAUGUUUUUCCUGCUGAAUUGCCAGGAUUACCUCCGGAUAGAGAGGUAGAAUUUCAAAUUGAAAUAAUGCCGGGAACAGCUCCGAUUGCAAUGGCACCUUAUCGAAUGGCUCCGAAAGAAUUGCAAGAGUUAAAGAAUCAAUUACAAGAGUUGCUAGAGAAGGACUAUCGACAGCUCAAUAAGGUGACCAUCAAGAACAAGUAUCCCCUUCCGCGCAUUGAUGAUUUGUUUGAUCAACUAAAAGGAGCUUCGGUAUUUUCGAAGAUUGAUCUACGUUCGGGUUAUCAUCAAUUAAAGAUCCAGGAGAAAGAUAUUCCGAAGACAGCUUUAAGAACGAGAUAUGGUCAUUAUGAAUUCAUCGUAAUGCCAUUCGGAGUAACGAAUGCACCUGCUGCUUUCAUGGAUCUUAUGAACAGGAUUUUUCAGCCCUACUUGGACCAGUUUGUUGUUGUCUUUAUUGAUGACAUACUGGUGUACUCGAAAUCCCAUGAAGAGCAUAGCACACAUCUGAGGAUCGUCUUGCAAAUAUUAAGAGAUAAAAAGUUGUAUGCCAAAUUGUCUAAAUGUGAGUUCUGGUUAAACGAAGUAAUUUUCCUGGGGCAUGUGAUCUCGGCAGUUGGGAUUAGAGUAGACCCUCAGAAAGUUAAAGCUAUAAUGGAUUGGGAAGUUCCUAAGAAUGUGUCUGAAGUUUGGAGUUUUCUUGGACUUGCCGGUUACUAUCGAAGAUUCGUUAAGAAUUUUUCGAUGAUUGUGCUGCCUCUAACAAAGCUAAUGAGAAAGAACGUACCAUUUGUUUGGACUUCUGAAUGUCAAGAAAGUUUCGAAGCUUUAAAGAGAAUUCUGACGGAAACUCCGAUAUUGGUUCAACCGGAAUCUGGCAAGAAUUUUGUAGUAUACAGUGACGCAUCCCAUAACGGACAGUUGAAACCACAUGAAAGGAAUUACCCCACACAUGAUCUAGAAAUGGCUGAUGUAGUAUUCGCUCUCAGGAUUUGGCGUCAUUAUCUUUAUGGGGAGCGUUGUUACUUAUAUACGGAUCAUAAGAGCCUGAAGUACCUGAUGACUCAAAAAGAAUUGAAUUUGAGGCAACGUAGAUGGGUAGAGUUCUUAAAGGAUUAUGAAGUGAUAAUUGACUAUCAUCCCGGAAAGGCUAAUGUGGUAGCAGAUGCUCUGAGAAUUGUAAUACCCGACAAUGAAGACUUGAAGAAAGAAAUAUUAACUGAGGCUCAUUGCAGUCCGUUAACGAUGCACCCGGGUGGAACCAAGAUGUAUAUGGAUUUGAAGGAUCGAUUUUGGUGGUCAGGGAUGAAGCGAAGCAUCACAGAAUUUGUGUCUAAGUGUUUGAUAUGUCAACAAGUCAAAGCCGAACAUCAAGUUCCCUCAGGAUUAUUGCAACCGCUGUUCAUUCCUCAAUGGAAAUGGGAAAAUGUUACGAUGGAUUUUGUUUCGGGGUUACCCUUGACUCCGAACAAAAGGGAAUCAAUCUGGGUAAUUGUUGAUCGAUUAACUAAGUCAGCGCAUUUCCUCCCUGUUAGAACGGAUUUCUCUAUGGAAAAGUAUGCAGAGCUGUAUAUUAGAGAAGUUAUUAGAUUGCAUGGAGUACCUGUUUCCAUAGUCUCUGAUCGGGACCCCCGAUUCACUUCUAGAUUCUGGAAAUCUUUGCAUGGAGCGUUAGGGACUCGUUUAAACUUUAGUACGUCUUUUCAUCCUCAGACUGAUGGGCAAUCAGAGAGAACUAUUCAGAUACUGGAAGAUAUGUUGAGAGCAUGCGUAAUGGAAUUUAAAGGAUCAUGGGAAAAGUAUUUACCGCUGGCAGAGUUCGCUUACAACAAUAGUUAUCAGUCUAGUAUAAAGAUGGCCCCAUAUGAAGCAUUAUAUGGAAGAAAAUGUCGUACUCCAUUAAAUUGGUAUGAACUCAAAGACCGAAGUGUUCUUGGUCCGGAUUUAAUUCAAGAUGUAGAACAGAAAGUUCGAGAAAUUCAGUAUAACCUCAAAGUGGCCUCUGAUCGGCAAAAGUCCUAUUCGGAUCUUAAAAGGAAAGAAAUUGAAUUUCAAGUUGGAGAUAAGGUGUUUUUAAAAGUGUCUCCAUGGAAGAAGGUGUUGAGAUUUGGUCGGAAAGGAAAAUUGAGUCCUCGGUUUAUUGGACCAUAUGAGAUUGUAAAGAGAGUAGGACCUGUAGCAUAUCAGCUAACUUUACCACAUGAGAUGGAAAAGAUACAUGAUGAAGAACCGAUUCAAAUUUUAGCACAUGAAAUUAAGCAAUUGAGGAACAAGAUUAUUCCUUUAGUCAAAGUAUUGUGGAGAAAUCACAGAGUAGAAGAAGCAACGUGGGAGCGUGAAGAGGAUAUGCGACAUCAAUACCCUCAU